AUGGACCAAAACAAUUACACUUCUCUUCACAGUUUUGUUCUGCUUGGUUUCUCUGACCAUCCCAAACUGGAGAUGGUCCUAUCAGGAGUUGUCACUAUCUUCUAUUUCAUUACAUGGGUGGGUAACACAGCCAUCAUCCUUGCAUCUCUGCUGGAUCCCCAUCUUCAAACUCCAAUGUAUUUUUUCCUUAGGAAUUUAUCUUUCCUGGAUCUGUGCUUCACAACUAGCAUCGUCCCUCAAAUGCUGGUUAACUUGUGGGGACCUCACAAGACCAUCAGCUAUGUGGGCUGUGUCACUCAACUCUAUGUUUAUAUGUGGUUGGGGUCCUCUGAGUGUCUCCUCCUCGCUGUUAUGUCCUAUGAUCGUUUCAUAGCUAUAUGUAAGCCCUUGCAUUACUUGGUAAUCAUGAAUCCACAUUUCUGUCUCAAGAUGGUAAUCACAGUCUGGAGCAUUAGUUUGGCCAACUCUGUAGUCUUAUGUACACUCACCCUGAAUUUACCUCGAUGUGGAAACAAUCUUCUGGAUCAUUUCUUGUGUGAGUUGCCAGCUAUGGUCAAAAUAGCUUGUAUAGACACCACAGCAGUUGAAAUGUCUGUUUUUGCUUUAGGCAUUGUCAUUGUCCUUACACCCCUCAGCCUUAUUCUUAUAUCCUAUGGCUACAUUGCCAAAGCUGUGCUCAAAAUAAAGUCAAAAGCAAGCCAACAAAAAGCAAUUAACACCUGUGGAUCUCAUCUCACUGUUGUGUCCAUCUUCUAUGGAACUAUUAUCUACAUGUACUUACAGCCAGGUAACAGUGCCUCCCAAGACCAGGGCAAGUUCCUCACCCUCUUUUACACAAUUAUCACUCCAAGUCUCAACCCUCUUGUUUAUACCCUGCGGAAUAAGGACAUGAAGAAUGCACUGAGGAAACUCGUGAGAGUUGACCAUGAAUCUACAAAAUUGAAGAGGAACCAGAUUCAUGGCAAAAUAUUACCCUGGAUAAGGCAAUGA